GAGAACAAGGGGCUCCGUCGGAAGGGCCCGCCGGGGUCCGGGAGCGCCGGGGGCCCCGAGGAGGCGGCGGACAGCAGGAAGCCCAAAUUCCACUUAAAUAUCAAGACACUGACAGAUGAUGUGUUGGAUAGAUUUGCCAGUAUAAGAAUUCCAAGAAGUAAAAAAGAGAGACCUCCUUUGCCACAUAUGAAGCAGUCACAUUCUACAGAUUGGUCAUCCACACCCAUGGACCAGGAGGAUUUUGCUACAAAAACACUGUCAGAAAGAGAAAUCAUAGCACUGUUUGAAAAAAUGAUGGAGGAUAUGAAUUUAAAUGAAGACAAGAAGAUGCCACUGAGAGAAAAGGAUUUUAAUACCAAAAAAGAAAUGGUGAUGCAAUAUAUUAGCACUGCUUCCAAGUCUGGAAGUCUCAAGAACAGUAGGAAGAUUUCUCCCCAAGAAUUUAUUCAGGAUUUAAAAUCUGGGUCAACGGAUGAAAGACUAGUCACUUGCUUAGAAUCUCUCCGUGUGUCCUUGACUAGUAAUCCUGUCAGCUGGGUUGAAAACUUUGGCCGAGAAGGUCUGGGACUGCUGUUGGAUGUUUUAGAACGAUUGGUUGAGACAAAAAAUCAGGACAGACUUGUGAAGAGGAGUCAGCAUAAAGUUAUACAGUGUUUGAGAGCCUUCAUGAAUAAUAAGUAUGGGUUGGAAAGAAUUUUGGGAGAAGAGAGGAGCCUUUUAUUGCUGGCCAAAGCAAUUGAUCCCAAGCAAACAAACAUGAUGACGGAUAUAGUUAAACUCUUAUCUGCAAUGUGCAUUGUUGGAGAGGAAAACAUCCUUGAAAAAAUUUUGGAAGUUGUAACAGCAGCAGCAGAGGAGAAGAAUGUUGAUAGAUUCUCUCCUAUUGUAGAAGGUCUUCAGGAUAAUUCGGUUCAGCUGCAAGUAGCUUGUAUGCAGCUCAUCAAUGCUCUCGUUACGUCUCCCGAUGACUUGGAUUUUAGGCUCCACAUCAGAAAUGAAUUUAUGCGCACUGGAUUGAAAGAGAUAUUGCCACAACUACAAUGUAUAAAGAAUGAAGCACUAGAUAUUCAGCUGAAAGUGUUCAAUGAGCAUAAAGAAGAAGACAUGAUUGAAUUCUCUCAUCGUUUAGAAGAUAUUAGAUCUGAACUAGAUGAAGUAAAUGAUGUUUACAACAUGGUAUGGAAUACAGUUAAAGACACUAGUGCUGAAGGAUAUUUUCUUUCUAUUCUCCAACAUCUUUUGCUGAUAAGAAAUGAUUAUUUUAUCCGUCCACAGUAUUUCAAAUUAAUUGAAGAGUGUGUGUCACAGAUAGUGUUACAUCGAAAUGGAACAGACCCAGAUUUCACAUAUCGUAAGAGAUUAGAUAUAAAUUUCAGCCACUUGCUAGAUGUUUGUGUAGAUAAAGCACGAUUAGAAGAAUGUGAAGAGAGAGCUUCUGAACUUUCCAGAAAAUUUGAAAAAGAUUUUGUAGUUCAUCAAGAGACUGAGGCCCUUCUACAAAAAAAAGAUGAGAGAAUCAAUGAACUUGAAACAGAAUUACAAGCUUUUAAAUCACAGUAUGGCUCCGUGCCACCUGGUUUUCUGCCAUCAACUCAUGGGGAUGCAUCUGUUGUUCCCCUGGAAGGUGCAGGACCACAUCAAUUUCCACCCCCUCCUCCUCCACCACUGCCUUCUAAUGGAGCAAUUCCACCACCACCACCGCCUCCCCCUCUUCCUCCACCACUUCUGAAUAGCUUGGGAGCUCCUCUGGGUUUUGGUGGUGCUCCUCCACCACCGCCUCUACCAGGCCUGCCUGGAUUACAGUGGUCCCCGCCUUCGUGUGCUUUGCCAUUUGGAAUGAAGCCUAAAAAAGAAUUCAAACCUGAGGUUACCAUGAAGAGACUCAACUGGUCUAAGAUCAGGCCUCAGGAAAUGACAGAAUCCUGUUUUUGGGUUAAGGCAGAAGAAGAAAAGUAUGAGAAUGCUGACAUGCUUUGCAAAUUGGAACUUACAUUUUGUUGUCAAAAAAGGGUAAAAAGAGAGGAGGAGGAUUUUGAAGAAAAGAAAUCCAUUAAGAAACGAAUCAAAGAAUUAAAAGUUUUGGAUCCUAAGAUUGCACAGAAUCUGUCAAUUUUCCUUGGAUCUUUCCGAGUGCCUUAUGAAGAGAUCAAAAUGAUGAUAUUGGAAGUAGAUGAAACACAGCUCUCAGAGUCCAUGAUACAGAAUUUAAUAAAGCACCUCCCUGAACAAGAGCAAUUGAAUGCAUUGUCCAAGUUCAAGAACGAGUAUAACAAUUUGUCUGAGCCAGAGCAGUUUGGAGUUGUGAUGAGCAACGUGAAGAGACUACGGCCACGGCUCAGUGCUAUUCUUUUUAAGCUUCAGUUUGAGGAGCAGGUGAACAGCAUCAAACCUGACAUCAUGGCUGUCAGUGCUGCCUGUGAAGAGAUAAAGAAGAGUAAAAGCUUUAGCAAGCUGCUGGAACUAGUAUUGCUAAUGGGAAACUACAUGAAUGCAGGUUCUCGGAAUGCACAGACCUUUGGAUAUAAUCUCAGCUCGCUAUGUAAACUGAAGGAUACAAAAUCGGCAGACCAGAAAACAACAUUGCUUCAUUUUCUGGUAGAAGUGUGUGAAGAAAGCUAUCAGGAUGUCCUGAAUUUUGUUGAGGAUUUUCAGCAUUUGGAUAAAGCUAGUAAAGUCUCAGCAGAAAACCUGGAGAAGAGCCUCAAACAUAUGGAGAGACAGCUUCAACAGCUUGAGAAGGAUUUGAAGACUUUUCCAGUUCCUGAAGAUAAACAUGAUAAGUUUGUAGCAAAAAUGUCAAGCUUCCUUGUUAAUGCCAAAGAAGAUUUUCAGAAAGUUUCACGGAUGCAUGAGAACAUGGAAAAACUCUAUCAGAACGUGAUGGGAUAUUAUGCCAUUGACCUGAAGAAAGUUUCGGUGGAGGAGUUUUUAACGGACUUAAACAACUUCAGGAUGAUGUUCAUGCAAGCAGUAAAAGAAAAUAUAAGAAGAAGGGAAGCAGAAGAAAAGCAGAGACGUGCUAAAAUAGCUAAGGAGAAGGCAGAAAAAGAAAAACUAGAGAGACAACAAAAGAAAAAACGCUUGUUAGAAAUGAAAACAGAAGGUGAGGAGACUGGAGUGAUGGAUAGCCUGCUGGAGGCCUUGCAGUCAGGUGCGGCUUUUCGAGACCGAAGGAGAAGGACACCAAGGUCCAAAGACAUGCCACAAAAUCUCAGUCCAACCACACAGCGGCCCGUGCUGAAAGCUUGUAACCAUGAGAACCAGAAAGGACAGCCAGAGAAGCCAUGUUCACACCACAGUAUCAGUUUAAACUCGACAAGAAGCCCAGUCACCAAAGAAGUUACAUAUGAUGUGGAAACAAGUUCUAAGGUGUUGAACAAGGCCGUUGGGAGAAAGGAAGCCUGUCAUGGAGAAGGUGGCAAAGAAAAGAAAAUAGAUCGUAUCGCGUCCCCUUCUAAGGGAGAAGCCAUUCCAGAAGUAGAAGCUCUCUUGGCAAGACUGCGAGCGCUAUAGAAUAAUCAUAUAACAGAUUAAAUAAAAGUUAAAAGCAAUAGCCUACACUACAUCUUUAAAGAAACAGUAAUUUUCUAUUUUUGAUGUUGCAUACUUCUGAGUUCCUAACUUCUCU